AGUUCGGCACCCGAACCGAAUCGAACUGCUGCUGCUCAUCCAUCGUCGUCUUCCUCCAACUCGCUCCUCCAACCACCCCUCCGUUUCUCCCCGUCGCCCCCCUCUCCGUUGCGUCCCACUUACUUCUCCCCGAUUCGCUCCCCCUCCGCGCGCCCUGUCCGUCGGGGGAGAGAUCCAGGAGCCAGCUGUCCCACCGAGACCCCCCGCGCGCAGGAGGAGGAGGAGAACGAGGAGGCCGCCGCCCCCGCCGCCGCUAUGGAGGCGUUUUCCUGGGACGCCCUCCGCAAGCAGGCAAGGAGGCUCGAAGCUCAAUUGGAUGACCAAAUGAGUGCUUACCGUAAAUUGAUUUCCAUGAAAUCUGAUGGUUCUGAGAAUGAUAUCGAGUCUGAUAUAGAAAGAUCGCUGAAGCAACUUCAGCAAGUAAAUUCUCAAAUGCAGACAUGGGUAUCAUCAGGUGGCUCAGAAGUCCUUUCUCAUACAUUGACUCGUCAUAUGGAGAUAUUGCAGGAUCUUACACAGGAAUUCUAUCGCCUUCGAUCUAGCCUUAGAGCAAAGCAACAACAUGCUUCUCUUCUUGACUUGAGAGAUUUUGACAGAGCAAAGUUUGAUGUUGAAGAGGGUGCUGAAGAUCAAGCUCUGCUUAAAGAACAAGCUGCGAUCAGCAGAAGUACUGGGCAGAUGGAUAAUGUGAUAUCACAAGCUCAAGCUACAUUAGGCACACUUAUGUUGCAACGAUCAACAUUUGGUGGUAUUACUACAAAGAUAAGCAAUGUUAGCAGUCGGCUUCCUACGAUUAAUCAAAUUCUUUCAUCCAUCAAAAGAAAGAAAUCGAUGGACACCAUUAUUUUAUCCCUUGUCGCAUCUGUUUGUGCAUUUCUUAUUUUUAUCUACUGGAUGUCAAAGUAAUAUUGCCAAAUAAAGGCAUUAUAGUGUUGUAUGUUUGGAAAAGUAGUAUACAUGCUUGCCCUUGGUGUUUGUACAAUAUCGCCUCAUGUUAUUAUAAUCUUACCUGCUUUUCUAGCUACAUUAACUAUCAUUCUGAUAUGAAUCCCCAUUUGUAAAUGUGAGCUGUUACCAAGUAAAAUAAGUUUCUCGCAUUGAUUUAAGUA